UAAAGCCCACCUACCCACCAUCGAACCCAACCGAUCCCCACGACCCACCCCAUCAUCUCCAUCACCGAUCUGGCGCCGCCCCCUCACCCCGGGCAGGAAGCUCCACCACCCCCAACCACCGCCGCUGCCGCCGCCCGAAACGCGCCUCCACACCCAAUCGGCGCCGCCACCAUCCCUCGUCGCGGAUUGCGCCGCCAGCACCGUCUCUUGCCCCGGAUCGGGCCGCCUCCAUCGCCCCUUGCCCCUCACUGCUGCCACCGUCGCUCGUCCCUCCCGGAUCGGGCCGCCUCCACCGUGCCUCGCUGCGGAUCGCGCCGCCAAGUCCGUCCCUUGCCCCAGAUCAGGUUACCUCCAUGAGCACAAACUUGCUCCACCUGCUGCCGCGACCUUCCUCCAACUGUCACCAUGACCUUCUUCCCUCCACAGCCAGAUGCCGCUGGCGACAGGCCCCCACAACCUCCAACCCCUGCUACGGCCCACCCCCACCAUCCUCUGUGCUUCUUCCCCGACAUCGCAACCAGGGCACCAACCCACCGGUUCCUAUCAUGGCACUGGAGACUCUCAUCCGUGCUUCUUCCCCGCCGCUGCAUCCAAACAUGUCCAACCACCACCGCUGCCCGUGGAAGAAGAGCAUCUACCGCCGCCGCAAGAUCGACUGGAGGUCAGAGAGAUCUGCCAGAGUGGUGGAGACAGGGGUGGAGCUCAGGACUAGGGAGGAGGUGCAUCACGGUGGCGCUGUAAGAAGGUUGUCGCCCAAGAACAGGGCCGGCACGGGGACCUUUUUUGUACUCAAAUGUGUCGAUGCAUUUCUGUGUCAAAAUGUCACAGUGAAAAGCUUUUUUGGUGUUGUGUGACGAAGAAGACAGAGCACAAAAACAUGAAACAUGGAUGAAGUUCAGAGAUAUAUAUGAUAGGGGUUCAAGGUGAUGUUGUAUGGCGCUAAUUAUCUUAUUCCCCCAACAAAAGGUUCUGAAAGUGUACAAGAAAGAAUGG